ACAUGCAUAGGUUAUAUUCGGUUUACUCUUUACCAAUUAACCUUAAACUAGUUUUCCCGAAAUACAAAAUUAAACUGAAACUACCCAGUUAGAACCCAUUGAUUCCGGAUCAAAAAUAUGUCGAUUUCGAUAGCACGGAUUCUCGGUUUCAUUUCGAUGGUUUUAGGGUUUUCAUGCCUGAAGAGAUGAAAAUGGGAAUUAGAGACUUUUGUAAUCUGAUAAUAUGUGUUACAAUCAAGUUUUAAUUGAAUAAUUUUGAUUUAAUUAUGUAUUUGAUUGAGCAAAAUUGGAUUAAGAUUGAUUGGUAAACAUUAAACCGAAUGUAUAUGCGGAAAUAUAAUUCGAACUUCUAUAUUGGGUGGAAAUCCACUUUCGAUUCAUGGAGUUACAGAACGUGAGCUUAAGUAUAUGUAAAUGUGGUGCUAUAUGAUAGUUCCGAGGGAGAAAUAGAUUAUCACCCCUUAUCGGCUGAAACUAUUAUAAAUAGUCCUUGGUCAGUAUUGAAUAAUGUUUUAGGAAAGUAUAUGACAACAAUGAAAUAAACUCCAUUGAGUAAAUCUAGUAAUCACAUUUUUAGUUAAUGUAUUAUCAAUUGCAGUUCAUUCCUAUGUUAAAAGACUUUAUCUGGAAACUUGCAACCCAGGCUUUAAUAUUAUCUAUGGAGACUUGAAGCCACACCACAAUAGUUACUGAGUAUGGAAUUCACUAUUGCGUACGGUGUCUCCUUCGAAAACGAUUUUCUUGUAUCCCGAGGCCGAGUAAGCGUACAUUUAUGCAUUUUCAGGUGUCGUUCUCCCUUCGAACUCUCCUAUGCCGCAUUCUUGAAAACUUCUAGUACUAUUUCAAACCGAGCUUUACUUAGCAAUGUCGAAAAUAGUUGAUUAAAAUUGGGUUACAAUUAUUGUUAUCAUCAGUAAUAUAUAUAAAAAUUCCUAGACGCGUGCGUGUCCUUUAAACUCUUAAUCUCCUCUUGAUUCCAAAAACAAACAACAUUCUCUUUCUUGUCAUCUAAACUUUCUAAAAAUAGACAUCUUCUUGCUUGUGUUCUUCGUCUUCCUCUGAAACAUCUUUUGUCUUCUUCAUACUUGCAUUGCAGAUUAAAACUUUUGGCAGAAUUUUCAUUUUGGAACCAUGGAAACGUCACACGAGCACAACUUUUUCAACCCCACGUCUAAACCAGAAGCAGAAGAUCCAACCCUAAGACUUUCUUCAUCGUCUUCUUCCUCUUCUUGUUCUUCCAUAGAAGCAGAACCAAGACCUGAUCAUAAUCUAAGAAACAAUCAAUCUCCUCCAACGCAAAUCAUGGAGAGAUCUACAAACGACACAACCUCAACACCUACUUACAGAAUCCCAUCACACGUUUUCGAAACAACAACCUCAACAGCUCCCCUUGAAUGGAGCACUCUCUCCAACGAAUCCCUCUUCAGCAUCCGCAUGGGAAACAAUAGCUUCACCGAAAUAGAUUACUUCAAAUCCGGCGAGCUUACGUUUCCUCAGCCUCCUUCUCCGAGAACUCCUCAUAUGCCUUCUCCGCGUCACCACACAAACCAAGCAGGAGUGGCGGAGGAGGCCAAAACUCCGGUGGAUGUAGGCAAGAAAGCAGCUGAGACAGACAAAGCGUACCGGGCAAGUAAAGAUGAAGAACAAAAAGCUGCCGCAAGUAUAAGAGAAGUUAUCAUGGCUAAUGAAGCUUCUAAUAAAGACAACAACAACAACAACAACAAAAACAAUAAGUUAGAUCGGUCUGUUUCUCGACGGUCUGAAGAUUUAAGCGUCAAGUCUUUCGCUUUUCAAAAAUUGGGGAAUGCAGAUAAGGGCGGAUUACAAGGCUCAACGCCACAAAAGAGGAGGACUUCGCAGCCAGAGUCGCCAAAGAGUUCGUCUGAGGCUGAUGAAGGAGAUGAAGCUCAAAAACCUCUUACUCCUAAAGCAGAAGCUGAUCGUGCAUGUAAUCACAACCCUAGAUGGUUAUCUUGCUUCCCUUGCUGCACAACUUUCUGUGUCUAA